GCGGUGACUGCCUACAACACCACGACUCUCAUCAACGACUAUCUUGGAAAGCGCUCGUGGUUACCCUAGUAAACUUUCUUACCUCACUUCUGACCCGAAUCGCAAUUGCUCAUCUUUCUACUUGACACCUCGCAAAUCACCACGAAGUCACGAGGGCUCAUCUUCAGCAUGGCGCCGGGUAUCGAUAUCAGUGACAAGAACGCGUGGGACGACUCCUUCCUCCAAGAUUCCUGGAAUGGAGCUGUGGCUGAAUAUGAGAAGUACCACAGCAUCGCCAAAUCUGGCAAGCGCCUGGAGGAUGUUCUGUCUAAAGAAGAACUGAAGGAGCUGCAAGCGGAAUAUGGUGAUCUGAUAGGCGAUGCAGAAGACGAUGGUGAAAUCGUCGAGGCGAAUGGCAACUCGGACCAGAUGGACACUGAGAAUUCAAUGCAAGAGCCUGAAAACGUCGAGCAAGACUUUCAAGCAGAGCUCCAGCUGCAGGAAACAACAGCAUCCGAAGAACAAAACCAGCCCCAGUCAGCGAAUGCAGGAACCACAGCGCCACAUGACAACAUCUUGGCGGCAAUGCCUCAGGCUCUGUUAGGUACAGUGCAAGACGAGAACCUCAAGAACGUUAUGAUUUCGUGGUACUACGCAGGGUACUAUACAGGCCUGCAUGCGGGCCAGCAACUUCCGAAGACUACUCCGCCACAGCAAUGAGGCGCUAUGAAUGACGAUCGCUACAAACAGCGCACGUUGGAGAGUAGAAUGUUGAGUCCUGCAAAAGCUUUAGGAGUCGAGUAUGGAACUCGACUGCCAAUCAGGAAGGCGUAUGGCACCCGGCUAGCCUGAUCGAGCCGCAACCACUAACAGUUCCUGCCUCAAUGCCUUCGGGAGCACGGCACCGCGAGAUGGACUCCCCAGAAAGUUCAUGCAGCACGCGAUUUUCAGCCUCCCCUUUCAGGCGAUCUCACUGGUUGCAGCCUCGCGCCCGGCGCUGAAUUGCCAUUGCUGGGCCGUGCAGCCAGGACGCGAGACAGAUCUGCGACGCUACCGCGAC